ACAGCUCAAACUAACGCGAAUAAUUUUCGGAAAAUUUUCCACUAUUUAUGAUACUCUCUUUAUAUUUAUCAGACAUAUAUACAUAAUGGAAAAAAUAUAUAAAUAGAAGAAAUAAGUGAUUAUGCAGAAAAGUAUACUAAAUAAAAGACAAUUGGAUAUGUGCAGUGACGUUACAAUCGUUGUAAAAGCACAUGCUCAUUACUCUUGGUUCUUUAGUUACGAAACUUACUAAACCAAUCAAAACCAACCCGAGGAGAAUGAACGAAGGACAUGUAGAUCACGGUAAAACAACACUAACAUCUGCUAUAACAAAGUAUUUAUCACAAGAAAAUAAGAGUUGUAAAUAUGUAUCUUAUGAUGAGAUUGAUAAAGCACCCGAAGAAAAACAACGUGGUAUAACAAUAAAUAUUGCCCAUGUUGGAUAUGCCACUAGUAAAAGACAAUAUGCACAUACAGAUUGUCCUGGACAUGCUGAUUUUAUAAAAAAUAUGAUUAGUGGUGCAUCACAAAUGGAUGGUGCAAUUUUAGUAAUUGGAGCCAAUGAUGGACCUAUGCCGCAAACAAAGGAACAUUUAUUAUUAGUUCAACAAAUUGGAAUUAAAUACAUUAUUGUAUAUGUUAACAAGGCUGACUUAGUUGAUACAGAUAUUCUUGAAUUAGUGGAAAUAGAAGCUAGAGAAUUAUUAACCAUAUAUGGAUUUGAUGGUUUGCACACUCCAGUAAUUAAUGGUUCUGCUCUACUUGCAUUAAAUGGAGAUACAUCUCAAUAUGGAUUACCUUCCAUAAAAUUAUUAUUAGAUGCUUUGGAUAAUCAUAUACCAACUGUAGAAAGAGAUUAUACCUCUCCUUUUUUAUUACCUAUUGAUAAUGUUUUUACUGUACCUGGUAGGGGUACAGUAAUAGUAGGAACAAUAAAACAAGGUACAAUAAAAAAGGGCAUGGAGGUACAACUAUUGGGAUUUAAUGAAGCUAUUGACACUAGUAUUGCAGACAUUCAGAUUUUUCAAAAAAGUGUAGCAACAGCACGUGCUGGUGAAAAUGUAGGUGUUUUAGUAAGGGGUGUUAAAUUAAGUUCUGUGCGUAGAGGAAUGAUAUUGUGCCAAAGAAAGUCUUUAAAUUUCACUAAUCAUUAUGAAGCACAAUUAUAUUUAAUGAGUACUCAAGAAGGUGGUCGUGAUAAACCAUUGAAGAAAUCUGGUUUUAGUACAAAAAUAUAUAGUUCAACGUGGAAUGUUUAUUGUCGUUUUGAUUUACUUUUGCCACCAGAAAACCAAAUGUUAAUGCCUGGAGAAUUCGCAACGUGUAGAAUAACGUUGCUUUUUAAAAUGCCAAUGUUAGAGGGCCAAGUUUUCACUGUUCGUGAAAAUAAACGUACAAUUGGUACAGGAAAGGUUACUAAAAUUUUGCAAGAAAUUCCACUUCACAGAAAUAGACUGAAUAAGGUUACAAUUGAAGAUGUUGCUUAAAACAAUAUUUAAAACUUGCAAUUACAAAUUGAAAAUGUACUUCAUGUUGAAAGAGGUAUAUGUUAAGGAUAAUAAAUGAUGCAGAUUUUAAAAA